CUUGUUUCCACAGCCGUCCAAUAGUCCCCCCACCUCCCACGGCUUCCAAUUAGAUCAAUAACUCUUAAACAAAGAAAACCCAAUUUUUCUUUCUGUUUUCCAGAAGCUUUCUCUAUAACUUCCCCAAAUUCCCUCGAUCCCUCGCCGUAAGUUAUUCACUUUCUUGCAGGUUGAAUCCAAGCAAUCAAUUUUAGGGUGCUGUGUUGUAUUUUAUGCUCCAAACCUGAAAUCGACGUUGUAUUCUGUUUUGUUCUGCUCUUUUUUUUAUUUUUUAGGUUUGUUGUUUUUUUUCAUUCUUCUGAUUUCCGCCUUCCGACUGUGUGUUAUCAUUUAAAAGAUACCGAAAAAGAAGAAAGAGAAAGAGGCAUACAUCAGUCUUCCCGAAAGUAUCAAAAUUUACCAAAACCCUAAGGAUCAGGAACUAAAAAACCCUAACCUGAAUGGAUCCUUGCUCAGAAAGCUCUAGCAACAGUCCCCAAGAUUCCGGUAACGUCUCCACUGUUGCAUCUGGCUCCUCCACCUCGUCUCCAGCAGUGACCAUCACCCCUAGCCGCUACGAGAACCAGAAACGCCGGGACUGGAACAUCUUCUGCGAGUACCUGAAAAACCAGCAUCCACCACUCUCUGUUUCACAAUGCAGUAGUGCAAAUGUGCUUGGAUUCCUUUCUUACCUUGACCAGUUUGGAAAGACUAAGGUUCAUAACUUGACAUGUCCGUUUUAUGGGCAUCCGACAACGACAGACCCUUGUCCUUGUCCAGUGCGACAAGCUUGGGGUAGUGUGGAUUCUUUGAUUGGCCGUCUUAGGGCGGCUUAUGAGGAGGACGGUGGUUCAUAUAAGACGAACCCUUUUGGGGCUGGAGCCGUGAGGCUUUACCUUCGAGAGGUUCGUGAGUCGCAAUCAAAAGCAAGAGGGAUCAGCUAUGAGAAGAAGAAACGAAAACGGUUGCCUCCACAAGGUGAUGUUUCUUGAAGUCAACAAAACACAAAUGAAGCAGGUACAAGUCAUUGGAUGUGAAGAACAAACAGAAUCAAAAGUGACAAGAACAAUCGAGAAAAGAUCACUACUUCCACGUUUGAUAUAUCUAUCAUGAGUAAAAGUCAAUUCCAAUUCCGACAUUAAUGGUUUUGAUCCCAAAGCCUCCUCAGAGCUCAAAUCCUUACUUGAAUCCUAUGCAAAGUUUCUACAACUCCCAUUCCACAAUGCAGUGGAGCUUGUUACCAGUGUUGCAUCCGGUCAAAAACAUUUGGAUGUUUUUUCUCCAAAUCUGAUUGACUGGAUGAACUUUGCUGUGUGUUUAAACGCCUGGAAUCUGAAUUCCAACGGAAUCACAAUUCCGAUGAAUUUAUGUUCAUUACAACAACAAUCUGUUUCUUCAAAGAUAAAAACCUCAAAACCGUUAGUAUCUUUCCCGGGAACCGACCUUUCCAUUCUUGUCCAUUUAGUGACGGAGCCGCUGACGUGGCACGGUCUCAUCAUCCAGUCAUGUGUCUGGUCAGCUCUUCCAUCCAGUAAAAAGAAGAAGAAAAUUCAAUUGUAUCACUAAAUAACACGAUUGAUGAAGUUUCUAAAUGGUUAAAAGAACAAAUCAAUAAGUCAGUUGAUGGGGACAUUGACAUUUUACUUUCGUCUAUGUCAAUAACAUUUACCCUUCGUCUAUUAGUUGUGUUGAUGGUGGGCCCGGCCCCGGAAAAGUUAGGAUUCUUGAAAAAUUGGUUUCGUUCGGUUGAUGAAAGUAUUGUGGCAAGGAAGAUGAUAAAGGUUUUGCAGGGACUGAAACUUCAAAUAUAAAAAGAUUUGGUGAGUGGGUCCAUGAGGUUAUUUGUACAUACACAUUUCAUAUUUUGUAAAUUGAUGGCGUUUUGCUUUUGGAGAUUGGACUUUUUUAUAUAUAAAUUGUGUUUGUGUUUUUUGUUUUAA